AUGCCGCAAGGUACUGGAACCCUGACAAGUGACCAAGGACGAGUCCUUGGUCAAUUCGAAGUUGAAGGCGCUCAGUAUAUUUUCGUGGGCAACUUGACUGGCUUUGGGCAGUCUUUUUCCAUUCCCAAUGCCGACGUCACCUAUGACUCAGCCGACCAGUUACACAAAGAAUCUGAAGAAUUCGAAGAGUUACCCAUAGAAAAGGAUCAGAUUGAACUCAGGCUCAAGAAUGGGGUUGCUAUCACAGGCGGUUUUGAUAUGCCGUUCAGCGAUGGCGAGGUGAAGAAAGGGACCAUUGUUGGUGGUGAAGGAAGAUGGUUGAAAUUUCUUCAUACCAUGUCGUAUCAAUCUAAUCAACCUCCGUACGGAGGAUACCCACCCCAACAAUACGGACAGCAAGGCCCUCCUCCGCCCCAGGGCUACCAGCAGCCCUACGGUGCCCCUCCCCCACAGGGCCAAUACCCCCCUCAGCAAGGCCACUACCCCCCGCCUCAACAGGGCCAUUAUCCUCCGCCUCAACAAGGUCACUACGGUGCCCCUCCUCCGCAAGGAGGUCAUUACGGCGCGCCAUCUCCUCAACCCCACGGAUACCAUGCCCCGCCCGCGCAACCUCCAUAUGGCCAGCAGCAGCAUGGCUAUGCCCCACCAGGACAACCGCCUGCGGGAUACCCACCUCAAGGCCAACCACCCAUUGGAUACGGCGCACCAGCCGGCGGCUUUGCGCCCCAGGGUGUUCCCUCACAACCGUCUCCCGGUUAUAUCCCUGGUCAAGUAGCACCAGGCGAAUUCCGGCCGCAAGCAGAUGCGCUUCGCAAAGCGAUGAAGGGAUUCGGCACGGACGAGAAGGCCCUUAUUGCAGUCCUCGCGCAGCUCGACCCGCUUCAGAUGGCCGCUGUCCGCGACACAUAUUCCAAGCACCUCGGCCGCGAUCUGUCCAAGGAUGUUAAGUCCGAAACUGGCGGGUACUUCCGCGAUGGCCUACUUGCCGUGAUCGACGGACCUCUUUUGCAUGAUGUCGAGAGCUUGCACUCGGCAAUCGAUGGCGCUGGCACGAAGGAGUGGUUGCUCAACGAGGUCCUGCUCGGCCGAUCCAAUGCUGACAUGAACGCUAUCCGGACCGCCUACGAAAUCAGACACAGGCGCUCGCUUUCUAAAGAUGUCGAAGGCGACCUCUCCUUCAAGACGUCCACUCUGUUCGCCAUUGUCCUUCGUGCUGCUCGCAACGAAGAGUCUGUCCCUAUCAACCCGCAAACAAUCGAGACCGAUGUUCGCUCCCUGCAAGGGAAGAACGUCACGGAAGUGUGCUCAAUCUUUGCUAAGGCGUCCAAUGCCGAGCUCCGCGCUAUUAGCCAGACUUUCCAGUCACGCUACCAUAUCCCGCUUGAGAAGCAUAUCGAGAAGGAAUUCUCGGGUCAUAUGGAAGAUGCGCUGCUUCUGAUGCUCCGCUCCGCUACGGAUCCUGCCAUGCGUGAUGCAAUCCUACUCGAGCAAGCCAUGAGCGGCAUGGGAACCAAGGACGAGCGCCUUGUUGCCCGUGUCGUCCGAGUCCACUGGAAUCGCAAUCACAAGGAGAUGGUCAAGCGCGCUUAUCAACAUAAGUUCGGGAAGAACUUGAUUGACCGGGUACGCGGGGAGACUUCUAGUGAUUACCAGCGCCUGAUGGUUGCUCUUCUUGAGUAG